CUCUCUCUCUCUCUCUCUCUCUCUCUCUCUCACACACACACACACACACAUGAAGACAAUAUUUAAUUAUUUCCUCAGCCGUGGUGUGUUAACAGGUGCUCGUCUUUCUGAAUCAGCCCAUGGCUUAGUGAAGCUUUGGAUCAUGGCACAAUGGCACUCGUUUUUCCCACUCACAAACGCGCAACAAAAAGCCAUGGUUUUCUAGAAGACACAGCUUUUUGUCCCCGGAGAGAAGAGGAACUGCUGUCCGGGAUCUGCUGCACCAUGUCGGGGCACAACAGCCGACGCUGAAUGAAGGUUUCAAACCAAGUGAUUUGACUAAUUAAUAGUAAUAAAAAUGUUCUGUGCUUGUGGAGACAACGUUGGACUUCUGAAAUGACCACUACGCAGUCCGUCAUGGAGUAUUGAUUUUAUUCAUGCUCCGUGACAAUGCAUUGAGCACGCAGGACUUUAUAUAGGCUAUACAACGUAUGGUCGUUUGUUUCAUCUGGGACGCGUCGCCACAACAAAACGCCAAACUGGCUACAGCCGCAGCGAUCGCCAGCUCCCUCAUUCGGCAGAAGAGGCAGGCGAGGGAGCGGGAGAAAGCCAAUGCCAACCGAUGCGCCAGCAGCCCCAACAAGAGCAUAGGGAACUGCGAGAAGCCCAGCAGGCUCAACUUGUUUUCACGCGUCAAACUCUUCGGCUCUAAAAAGCGCAAGAGAAGGCGGCCAGAGCCUCAGCUCAAGGGGAUAGUCACCAAACUCUACAGUCGGCAAGGCUUUCAUCUACAACUUCAAGCUGAUGGAACCAUCGAUGGUACAAAGGAGGAAGAUAAUAGCUACGCUAUUUUCAACCUCAUCCCCGUCGGGCUCCGAGUGGUGGCUAUUCAGGGCGUCCAGACCAAACUCUACCUGGCCAUGAACAAUGAAGGCUACCUGUACACCUCUGAGCACUUCACGCCGGAGUGCAAAUUCAAAGAGUCGGUGUUUGAGAACUAUUACGUGACCUACUCGUCAAUGAUCUACAGACAGCAGCAGUCGGGCCGAGGCUGGUACCUGGGUCUCAACAAAGAGGGUCAAAUCAUGAAGGGCAACCAUGUAAAGAAGACCAAGCCGGCUGCUCACUUCAUCCCCAAACCUCUUAAAGUUGCCAUGUACAGAGAGCCGUCUCUCCAUGACCUGACCGAGUUUUCCCGCUCCGGCAGCGGCACGCCGACUAAGAGCCGCAGUGCCUCGGCCAUGCUGAACGGCGGCAAGACUCUGAGUCAGAACGAGUCCACAUAACCACCGCUGCCGGACUCCAGCGUCAACUCCAACAGCACAAACGCGUUUACAAGAGUGCGGCGAGAAGUGUUUCCUGAAAUCACUGUGAUGAGAACACAAGUGCAAAACCUACAUCGUACAAUCUUCUGCAGGUCAACCUCGUGAGAUCUAAUCAAACCAAGCCAUCUUACCGAUGUAGGGGUCUGCGGUCCCCCGUUCCCAUGUGUAGCAUAUACAAAGCUCCUACUGAAACACCUACUUUGUGUUUUGCUCCAUUUCUUCUUAGGGAUGCCUGCAGCUCCAUAGUGCUGAGUCAACUACAAGAUGACAAUAGCAGCUUGUGCGACCCAUUUAUCGGUAUAUAGAGACAGAAAUCCCAAAGGUUUUUUGGACAUAUGAUACAAGUCCUUCAGCUCAGCUUUUUUCGUUUUUUUGUUUGAGAGCAGUGGUUCAUCGUUGUGUGCUUUUUAGAUGAGGCGUUUUGCUUCUCCUUUUUGUCUUUUCAGCUUUUCUCCCACCCCCAAACACAUUGUUAUUCUGCAAAUUAAACAGAUUUAGGGAUCGGUCUGUCUGCGCACCAAAGAUGUCAUUAGUCUCUUUGUAUGGAGGUAAGUCAAUUUGUGUAAUUUCAGCUCUCUCAGACAGAUGGUUGAGAAAAGCUCGAAGCGAAUGUCAUUUAGUCGGAGGAAAUGUAUUGGGGAGAGAUGAAGGCUACUCGCUGUGCUUUUUUAUUUAUUUUGAGGUCUGUUUAUGUCUUCCUUUACUUCCUGUCUAAUUUGGGAAUCCAGCAUCUUGGAGAAGUGUCAAAUCAGACAGUGUUUAAAUUAUUGAUUAACGUCAAGCCGGUAAGAUUUCCGUUACGUAAAAACAGGGCAGGCUUCUUCCUCUUUUUUUCAUAUAAUGAAAGCUUCCAUUGCUUUAACAGGGCUAAAUCAGCAUAAGUAAAUAACCCAUCUAUGAAAAGUCAUUCUUAGUUUCUAGCCUUCGCUGGACAGGCAAGCAGCCCAGGUUCUAAUUUCAAUCAAACUCCUCUUCUUUUUUUGUUGUUGUUGUGUGUAUGUACUGUAUGUAUGAAGCAUAUUUAAUGCAUGGGGGACAAUGGACGCUGCAUGUUGUGUGGCUUUGUAUAUUAACUACAAUAUGGAACCAUGUGCUCUAAUGGAUACUGGAGUAAAAUACAAAUGUACUGUAUAUAUAUAUAUGCAUUUUAACCUGCUACCCGCCCGUUUAUUAUUUGUUGUACAUUUAAGAAGCUGCACUGAAUAAAAUGUUUUGUAUGUUCAGAGCA